AUGCUAACCAUAACCCUAGCUCUAACUCUAACUCUAGCUCUAACCCUAACCCUAACACUAACCUUAACCCUAACUAUAACCCUAACCCUAAAUCUAAUCCUAACGCUAAAAAUAACCCUAGCCCUCAAUCUAAACAGGACCCUAAACCUAACCUUUAUUUUAACCCUAAACCUAACCCUAACCCUAAGCCUAACCCAUAACCCUAACCCUAACCCUAAACCCAACCCUAAAUAUAAUCAAAACCCUAGACCCAAUCCUAACCCUAACCCUAACCCUAACCCUAACUCUAACAAUAACCCUAACCCUAACCACAAACCUAGCCCUAAACUUAAACCUAACCCUAAACCUAACCAUAACCCUAGCCUUAAUCUUAACCUUAACCCUAACUUUAACCCUAUCCCUAACCCUAAUACUAGCCCUAACCCUAACCCUAACCUAAACCCUAACCCUAAACAUAAACUAAACCCUAACCUUAGCCCGAGCUCUUACAAUAGCUCUAAUCCUAAUCCUAAUCCUAACCCUAACCUAACCCUUAAACCUAACCAUGACCAUAAUCCUAACCUUUAUCUUAACAUUAACCCUAACCAUAAUCGUAGCCAUAUUCCUAUCCCUAUUUCUAACCCAAACCAUAACCCUAACCAUAAUCCUAGCCCUAUCCUUAUCCCUAUCCCUAUCCCUAUCCCUAUCCCUAUCCCUAUCCCUAUCCCUAUCCCUAUCCCUAUCCCUAUCCCUAUCCCUAUCCCUAUCCCUAUCCCUAUCCUUAACCCUAACCCUAACCCUAAGCCUAACCAUAAACCUAGCCCUAACCUUAAACCUAACCCCAAACCUAAUCAUAACCCUAGCCCAAAUCUAAACCUUAACCCUAGCUCUAACCCUAGCCCUAACCCUAAUACUAGCCCUAACCCUAACCUAAACCCUAACCCUAAACAUAAACUAAACGCUAACCCUAGCCCGAGCUCUUACACUAGCUCCAAUCCUAAUCCUAAUCCUAACCCUUAUUUUAACCCUAACCCUAACUCUAACCCUAAACCUAACCCUAAACUUAACGAUAGCCUUAUCCCUAACCCUAACGCCCUAUCCAUAACCCUAACUCUAAAACCUAUCCCUAACCCUAACCCUAAUCCUAAUUCUAAACCUAACACUAGCUCUUACCGUAACCCUAACUUUAGCCCUAACCUUUAUCCUAACACUAACCCUAAGCAUAAACCUAAACCUAACCUUAACCCUAGCCCUAACUCUAACCCUAACCCUAACCCUAACCCUAACCCUAACCCUAACCCUAACCCUAACCCUAACCCUAACCUUAACCCUAACCCUAACCCUAACCCUAAUCCUAACCCUAACCCUAACCCUAACCCUAACCCUAACCCUAACCCUAACCCUAACCAAAACCCUAGCCCCAAUCCUAACUCUAACCCUAACCCUAACCCUAACCCUAACCCUAAUACUAAUCCUAACCUUAACGCUAACCCUAACCCUAGCUAUAACCCUAAGUCUAACCGUAACCCUAACACUAACCCUAACUCUAACCCUAACGCUAGCCUGAGCUCUUACUCUAACUCUAAUCUAAAUCCUAACCCUAACCCUAACCCUAACCCUAUCCCUAUCCCUAACCCUUACCCUAACCCUAACCCUAAGCCUAUCCCUAACCCUAACCUUAACCCUAACCCUAACCCUAACCCUAACCCUAACCCUAACCCUAACCCUAACCCUAACCUUAACCUAAACCCUAACCCUAAAGAUAAACUAAACCCUAACCCUAGCUCGAGCUCUUACACUAGCUCCAAUCCUAAUCCUAAUCCUAACCCUAACUCUAACGCUAACCCUAACUUUAUCUCUAACCAUAACACUAACCUUAACCCUAGCCUUAAACCUAACCAUGACCAUAAUCCUAACCCUUAUCUUAACCCUAACCAUAAUACUAGCCCUAUCCCUAUCCCUAUCUCUAUCCCUAACCCAAACCUAAACCCUAACCCUAACCCUAACCCUAACCCUAACCCUAAGGCUAACCCUAAACCUAGCCCUAUACUUAAACCUAACCCUAAACCUAACCAUAACCCUAGCCCUAAUCUUAACCUUAACCCUAGCUCUAACCCUAGCCCUAACCCUAAUACUAGUUAUAACCCUAACCCUAACCUAACCCUUAACCCUAAACAUAAACUAAGCCCUAACCCUAGCCCGAGCUCUUACACUAGCUCCAUACCUAAUCCUAAUCCUAACCCUUAUCUUAACCCUAACCAUAACCCUAACCAUAAACCUAGCCCUUAA